UUUAGUUGUUAGGAUUGUCCUGCCCCGCCAGGAAGAUAUGAAUAUCAUUGAAUUUGGUGAGAAAGAUAUAUGCAUGGACAACUCAUGUCAAAAUACCCAACUUCAACCUCCUUAUAUUAUUCAUUAUGGGGAUAAUGAAACAGCAGGUUUUCCUGGUCCCCUCAUUCCACCAUUGGUUCAUUCUUCAAUGGUGCAACAAAACCAUUCUAAAACCUUGCCUAGGGUUUCCAAUAGAGGGCUUAUAAACAGUAAGGCAGGGAAUGGCAAUGCCAAACACAUGCACAAGAUUAUUGAAAGGCAGAGGCGGAUUGACAUGAAAACAAGGUUUUCUGUAUUGAGAUCUUUACUUCCAGAAGAAUAUAUUCUGGGAAAACGUUCACUGUCAGAUCAAGCUGAAGGAGCCGCUGAGUACAUUAAGCAUCUGCAGGAACAUAUAAAUGAGCUUGCCAAGAGAAGAGAAGACCUAGGAAAUUCGCCCAUAUGUAAUUAUAAUGAGAAAAAUUGCAAGGUUUUGCCAUCUAUUGGUGAAUCACAAUCUUUUCCUUCUGUGAAAAUAAUGGCUAUUGGUUCAGGUAUUGAAAUCACAACAAGCUCGUUAAAAUGUCAAGUUGUCUUGUCUGAUAUUCUCCUUGCACUGGAAAAUGAGGGGCUUGAAGUAGUUAGUACCAUUGCCUGCACCACAGAGGACAAAAUAUUUCAUACCUUAUAUACCAAGGCUUCAGAUCUUCAACGUUUUGACAUGACAAAUCUUCAUCAGAAGCUCUGCCGUCUGCUCAAGGAAAUAACUGAUGCAUAGGUCAGGAUGUUAAACUAUAAUUGUCAUCUUUUUGUUAACCUGAUUUGUUAUUUGAUGUGGAGAAACCGGCAUUAUUAUCCUGAAAAAUAUAGAGGCUAAUGAUCCGUCUGCAUAAUAACUGUUAGUUAAAUAUGACUUUGUAAAAUUAGACAAGGAAAAGCUCACAUUGAAAUCGAACUAAGGUAUUAUCUUCUCCACUAGGCCAUGAGUGCUAGAGCUUUCACUGUGAAAAAUACAAAUGUGAGGAAUACAUUAGUAUUAGUCGGUGCUGAUCAAGUAAU